AUGGCCAUGACAAGUGCCCGACACAUUUCGGGCCCGAGCGUUUUGGCCGAGUUCGCCGGUCUGGAGGCGGCCGCAGGGCCCGCCCUCAGCCCCGAGGAGCAGCAGAACGUCGCCGAGCUGCGGCAGUACAUGCUGGAGGACGAGGGCGCCUGGGCGCUCGGAGAGAACUUCAUCAACUUCCUCGGUCGAAUCCUGCACGACAAGUCCCUGCCGCCGACCUCCCGGGUCCACCUGCUCAAUCUGCUGUCUGUGGCGACGCUGCGGGACGACUUCAUCUUGAUCCUGCACCAGGACCGGCGUGAGCACGUGAUCAUGAACUACGCCGACGACGUGGACCGGCUGCCGCAGGAUGAACAGGCCGCCCUGUCCCUGAUGUUCGCCAACAUGUUCGACCAGAACAGCAGCAGCGAGUGGCUGCUGUACAUCUCCGAGUGGCAGAGCCCGCACAACAACAUGCCCAUCUCGAACAUCCGCGUCACCACCAAGGUGGCAGUGAACGCCCUGCUGGCCGAUUCCGGCGACAUGCAGGACCGCGGCACGGCCAUCAUGUACAACCUGGCUGUGAAGGAGAAAAUGAAAACUAACAUGAAUAUGCGGAAGCUGAUGCCUAUGGGAAGCCUCAACAAGGUGUUCGACGACGUGGCCACGGAGCUGGCCAUGGCGAUCCUGCAAUACUUCCAGACUUCGCCGCCAGAGGAGCGCGUGUACCGCUGCAUGCGCGCCCUGGCCAAAUUUGCUCAGGUGUCGUACAACGACGUGCCGCAGCUGAUCAAGAUGAUCGGCCCGGAGCCGGGCAAGUUCCGCGGCCAGUCGGAGCGCACCGACCAGCUGAUCGGCGAGCUGGAGACGCGGCUGUCGCGGGUGCAGAUGUAGACCGGGCCGGCGAGCGCCGCCGCCGCCGGGGCGCGCCGGCGGAGGGCGCGCUGCGGUCGGAACGGGCUGGCGGCGUGGGCAUGGUUUGAGUGUGGCGCGGAUGGGGCGGGGAGAG